AACCCCACACAGCCUUUCCUGAACAGCCUGUAGGAGCCUCUUCCACACCGUGCAGCACAGACAGUGAGGCCAACCACAGGACCACGGAGAGACCAUGAAGAGCCUGCUCCUUCUCUCUGUUCUGGCAGCCCUGGCCGUGGCAGCUUUGUGUUACGAAUCUCAUGAAAGCAUGGAAUCCUACGAAAUCAGUCCCUUCAUUAACAGGAGAUAUGCUAAUACCUUCAUAUCCUCGCAGCAGAGAUGGAGAGCUAAAGCUCAAGAGAGGAUCCGAGAACGCACCAAGCCUGCCUACGAGAUCAACCGGGAAGCCUGUGACGACCACAAACUUUGCGAGCGCUACGCCAUGAUUUAUGGAUACAAUGCAGCCUACAAUCGCUAUGCCCGGCAGCUCAGAGGGCGCAAAUGAGAUCAGAAAAAGUAGUGUUCUCUCCAGUGCCUGGCGCCUGGUUUUGUACUCCCUUGCAGUAGCAGCACUGAAUCAUAUACAUAUAUGCGAAUUGCUUGUUUCUUAAAUGUUCUCAUCUGGUCGCACCCUUCCUCCCUGCUCCCAGAUUGAUACUUAAUGAAAGCACAGUGUAGUGAAGGUGGGAGAGGAGUUGCGAUGUGUGAUUAUUAAUAUAAUAAAGUUCUGGUUGGAUACUUCCA